AGAUUGCACUGCUGCUGGGAGUUGAAAUCCAUGUGAAUUUAGAAUUUGUGAAAGUUUUGGAACCUCCUGAAGAUCAGGAAAAUCAAAAAAUAGGUUGGCGGGCUGAAUUUCUCCCAAUGGAUCAUCCCUUAUCAGAAUUUGAAUUUGAUGUCAUAAUUGGAGCUGAUGGCCGGAGAAAUUCUUUGGAAGGUUUUAAAAGGAAGGAAUUUCGUGGAAAGCUGGCUAUUGCCAUUACUGCCAACUUUAUUAAUAAAAAUACAACUGCAGAAGCCAAGGUGGAGGAGAUUAGUGGUGUUGCUUUCAUUUUCAAUCAAAAAUUCUUCCAAGAUUUGAAAGAAGAAACCGGAAUUGACCUGGAAAAUAUUGUUUACUAUAAAGAUAGCACUCACUACUUUGUGAUGACUGCAAAGAAACAGAGCCUUCUGGAGAAAGGGGUCAUUAUUAAUGAUUUUAUUGAUACUGAAAUGCUACUGUGUGUGGAAAAUGUAGACCAAGACAAUCUGCUGUCCUAUGCAAGAGAAGCUGCUGACUUUGCAACUGAUUACCAAUUGCCUGCCUUAGAUUUUGCAAUUAAUCACUAUGGGCAACCAGAUGUAGCCAUGUUUGAUUUUACUUCUAUGUAUGCCUCUGAAAAUGCUGCAUUAAUACGUGAGAGGCAUCGGCAUCAACUGUUGGUUGCUCUUGUUGGAGACAGUUUAGUAGAGCCAUUCUGGCCAAUGGGUACUGGUUGUGCAAGAGGAUUCCUGGCUGCAUUUGACACAGCAUGGAUGGUGAAAAGCUGGGCACAAGGAAAGUCCCCUCUUGAUAUCCUUGCAGAAAGAGAAAGUAUUUAUAGACUCUUACCUCAGACAACACCUGAAAAUAUCACUAAGAAUUUUGACCAGUACACUAUUGACCCUGCCACACGAUAUCCAAACCUGAACUCAAGUUGUGUUCGGCCUCAUCAGGUGAAACAUUUAUAUAUUACAAAUGAGCUGCAGCCGUGUCUACUAGAAAGAGCAAAUACCAUUAGAAGAUCAAUUGGUCUUUCGAAACAUGAAUAUGACGUAAGACCCAACAAACUUUUAACCUGGUGUCAGAAACAGACCGAAGGAUACAAGAACGUUAAUGUCACAGAUCUCACCAGUUCGUGGAAAAGUGGCCUUGCCUUAUGUGCAGUUAUGCAUCACUUCAGACCUGACCUCAUUGACUUUGAUUCCCUGAAUGAAGAAGAUGCAGUCGAAAACAACCAGCGAGCAUUUGAUAUUGCUGAACGAGAAUUUGGAAUUCCUCCUGUCACAACUGGGAUAGAAAUGGUGUCUGCUGGAGAGCCUGAUAAACUCAGUAUGGUCAUGUAUCUUUCGAAAUUCUAUGAGCUAUUUAGGGGAACACCUCUGAGAGCAGUGGGUACUGUGGCCAAACAAAAUGGAGAAAGAAUUGAUUCUUGUUCAACAAAAUCAUCCAACUUCGUCUUUAAUAAUUACAUAAACUUGACAUUUCCAAGGAAGAGAAUACCAAAAGUGGAAGAAAAUGAGACCAGUAAAAGGCGACGUAAAAGUCUCAUAAGUUUUGAAGAGUCUUCAAACCGUUUAAAUCAAGAAAGGAAUUCUAAUAAUCAACCAGGGGAUUUGAAAGAAGCAAUACAUCGAAACAAAGUGAAGUCAAUGGCAACGCAGCUCUUAGCCAAGUUUGAAGAAAAUGCACCCAGUGUUUCACUAAGGAGACAGGAGCCAGUAAAUAGACCAGGUUUGCUUCUUUCUUCUGAAUCUCCCAUAAACCCUCGCUUUGCUAAACCCAAGGAGACAACCGAUAAUCUGCCAUCUCCACCAAAGCAACAGUUUCAGGCCAUAGCUAGGACAGACUGCACUGUCAGGAAACCCUUGCAGCCUUUGCCUGAUGAACAACCAGUGGCCAAGCCUUUGAGAUGCAUAGAACCAAGUGAGCUGAAGUCUAGACUCUCUGAAGCGCUUGCAUCUUCCUGCCCUGCUGCCCUUGCACUCUCUGGUGUGCUUCAGCGCCUUCAGGAUGUGGAGGAAAAAGUUAAUCAGAAAAAAGCUCAGUCCAUAGCAAAUAGAGAAUUUCAUAAAAAGAGCAUUAAAGAGAAAGCGGCUCAUCUGGCCUCCAUGUUUGGUUGUGUUGACAUCCCCAAGGUGAAUAAAUACUGUGCUUGGUUUGCAAAUACAGAGAAUGCAAACUUGAAUCCACUUCUUACUAAAGGUCUCUCCCAUUCUCAGCUCCCAUCUCCCGCUUGUCUGCCAUCUCAUGAUUCAACUGCUUCCUCUUCAUCUAUAGACUCUGCUUCUUCUGCUAUUCUUUCUGAAAAGAUGACAGUAGGGAAGGUGUCACACGGAAUAGAUGCUGUAGCACAAGUCCUUGUCAAUCUGUACAAGAAUGAUCACAAGCCCAGUCUGUUGUCUCCAUCUUUGCAAUUGGCGUCUUUGAAAAGAGAAUUUCCUCAGACAAUAGGUGGGAGUGAUAUCUGCUAUUUCUGUAAGAAAAGAGUUUAUGUCAUGGAACGUUUGAGCGCAGAAGGCCACUUCUUCCACCGAGAAUGCUUCAAAUGUGUCAUAUGUGCGACAACUCUCCGCCUAGCAACCUAUACCUUUGAUGCAGAAGAAGGUAAUUUUUACUGCAAGCUUCAUUUUGCACAAUGUAAAAAAAAGAAUAUGCACAGAAAGAAGAGAGCCGAGAUAAAGGAGGAAGCAGGAUUACAGAGGCAUCAAGAACCCAUGUGUGAAGAAACUAGCUCAGAAAGUGCUUUUGCUACUAGUAGCAGCUCAGAAGACCCAUCGCCAGGUAUCCUGUCUUCAUUCUUUGGGAAAACUCUAUGCUGGCCUCUUAAGGUGACCAGGGAUCUGCUUGAUCUUCCAAGACGCCUCUCUAACUGGAUGCAUGGUUUCCUGCACGCAACCAGACUUCAUUUCAGGGACAAUGCAUACAACUAUACCUACUUGUAUGAACUCCUAAGCUUUAGCAUGCCAUUCAUUUUUGUGCUUCAGGAGUUACUUGUCCAUUUUUAUGGGGAAGUGGAGCUGUCAUAUGAGGAUAUGCUUGAAUUGGUGAAGAAGUUUUUCAAGCUUUAAAAUCCUUCUGAAUCUUGGUCGUGCCUUUCAGAUUUCCAAAACAAACAGUUUUUUGUUUUUGCACAAGUAUUGAGAUUUCAAUUUAGUAAGUGCUUUAAAUGAGCCCAAAGCUCCAUGGUGCAAUUGUAAAAUCGUUCAGUUUUUGUAUUGGAUCAUGAACAUUAGUGUCCGAAUUCAUUU